ACUAUACGUACGCACCUACAAGCCACCGCAGUCUCUUGCCAUGGCCCUCUCAUCAAAGCUUCUGCUCACCUCUCUUCUCCUCUCUCUCCUUUUCCUCCAUAACCUCGUCCAUGCCCAUCAAACGGUACAAGGAAGCAUCACGCAGUCCCAAACCUCUCUGUAUCAGCAGAUAGAUUAUAAAGGUGCAUGUAGCGAGAGGUGCCGGUUAUCGUCUCGGCCGAGGCUGUGCCAGAGAGCGUGCGGGAGCUGUUGCCGGCGGUGCAACUGUGUGCCGCCGGGCACCGCGGGCAACCAAGAGAUGUGUCCAUGUUAUGCUAACAUGACUACUCAUGGCGGCAGACGCAAGUGCCCUUAAUAACUUCUUCAGAGAUUGAUUAUUAAUCAUCAUCUUUAAUCAAAAUCCAUGCUAUGUCGUCUCUUUUUAAUUAAUAAUUGAUCAUGUUUAAUUAUUUUUUUCUGUCAAUUUUUUGUUGUUGUUGUUGUUUUGGAAAUUGCUAUUAUUCUGUCAAGUGUUUGACCGUAUUUCUCUGAGUCUCUCUAUCUAUCUAUCUAUGUAUCCCCACCCCUCAGAAUUAAUAACCGUGCAUGGAGAUGUUUAAUUUAUUGACAGUUUGUAAUUAGUGUCUUCCUUGAUUGUUAUAUAUGAUGGAUUGAUCUAUUUAUAUUUCAUGGAAUUUGAGUUCAG